AUGGCGGUCGGCAAGAACAAGCGCCUUACGAAAGGAGACAAAAAGGGAGCCAAGAAGAAAGUGGUUGACCCAUUUUCUAAAAAAGAUUGGUAUGAUGUGAAAGCACCAGCUAUGUUCAAUAUAAGGAAUAUUGGGAAAACACUGGUCACGAGAACUCAAGGAACCAAAAUCUCGUCAGAUGGCCUCAAAGGUCGUGUUUUUGAAGUGAGUCUUGCUGAUCUGCAGAAUGAUGGAGUAGCAUUUAGAAAAUUCAAGCUAAUUACUGAGGAUGUUCAGGGCAAAAACUGCCUGACUAAUUUUCACAGUAUGGAUCUUACCCGUGACAAAAUGUGCUCCAUGGUCAAAAAAUGGCAGAUUAAAGCUCAUAUUGAUGUCAAGACUACCAAUAGUUACUUGCUUCAUCUGUUCUGUGUGGGUUUUACUAAAAAGCACAACAAUCAGAUCUGGAAGACCUCUUAUGCCCAGCACCAGCAGCCCAAAUCUGAAUUGGGAAAACUCAUGGAGCUACAUGGUGAAGGUAGUAGUUCUGGAAAAGCUACUGAGGACGAGACAGGUGCUAAAGUUGAACAAGCUGAUGGAUAUGAGCCACCAGUCCAAGAAUCGGUUUAA